AUGCCUCGUGUGCAUUGCGCCGGCAAUCACCCGACCAGCCCCCGCAGCGUCCGAGCCGCAUUUUCUCCUGCCGAUUGCCACCAUCAUGGUAACAAUGAAGACCCGCACGCUGGUCGGGCUUACGUAACGAGAGAAGAUCUUAAUUUGUUGAUUAUCACGCGACGCAACGUGUGGACUCAAGAUACUCUCGAGGAGAUGGUGGCGCGCGAUCUCGAGGAACAAAUGGAACGAGUUCGAAUUGACGACCAAGCGAUGAGUCGGGCGAGUUCAAGGUGA